AUGAACUUCAGGAUCUACUACCAACACAACAUUGAGCGUCUGUCAACCUGUCCCCUGACUGUUCACGCACUCCUUCACUUGGCCGACGAUAUUGAGAAUAAUGGGCCACCAUGCAUGAACUGGACAUUCGUAAUGGAGCGCUGGUGUGGACGAUUACUUCCAGCAGUCAAGUCGCGUGUCUAUCCAUAUAAGUCACUGACUCGCCGACAAGUUGCAAUCUGUAAGGGAUUAACCUUACUUCACUAUAAUUCCGAUUAUAGUGAUAUUUAUAUUAUGUUGCAUCACCAUAAUUCCCAUUAUAGUGAUGUGUUUAUUUCUUUAUUUAUUUGUGCCGAGAUAUGUAAAUUACAUAUAUAUACCUCGGAGUAG